UGGAGACUGGUAUCGAACCUUCGUCACCUUUCGGAGAGCUUUCAACGCCUCGUAUUCCCAGACUCGAAGACAGCAAUGUGUAAAGAGCAACCCCAGAAAGGAAGAGUAGAUGUAAAUAACACCGAUGCGGAUGUUCAGUGACCAGUGAAAGCCUGGGAAUAAUUUGGAGUACGAGGGACAAUGGUGCGGCAGAAUGACAAUUGCCAAAAAAUCAACCGUAGACUUCUCGUCGACCUUACGAGGGGCACAAAGUUCAAAGAGGUACCAUAUAUUGUGCCUAAGUUUAAAAAAUUCUGCGCGGACAUCAAGCAACAGCCUUUGGAAGAUUAUGCCGAGGACCUAGAUCCAGAUCUCACUAUUCAGGAAGCGUUGGAGGUGAACCCUUCUUGCGUCACGUUCCUCGCCAAAAAGCUUCUUGCUGAGGACUCGGGCCCCGAUGACGACAAUUACAUCGUCAUCAAGUUUGCCCGCCGUUAUAACAAGGAAGCGCAUGUCAUGAUGGGCGAGCUAGGAUUUGCACUGAAGUUACUUGGUUAUUGCCCGUUGAGAGACGGAGAGUCCCCAUAUGACAAUUUGGUGCUAUUAGCCAUGGAGUAUGUUGAGGGUGGGACACUCUACGAGCAGUACGAAAAUCGCGUGCUUCCUACGCAUGUCAAACGGGAUGUUCAAGAGGCCCUUCAAGUCCUUAAUGGUGCUGGUUAUAUUUUUGCGGACCUUCGAAGACCGAACCUGAUUGUCCGAGAAAGUGAUGGGAAGGUUUUGUUGAUCGAUUUUGAUUGGGUCUGUCGGGUAGAUGGGGGGAUGAGGUAUCCAUUUCAUUUGUCUCAGGAUGUUAAGGACAGGUCGGGGGCAAAGGAUAAUGAAGUUAUUUCUUUGAAACAUCAGGAGGGAAUGUUCGAGAAGCUGUGA